CAUCUACAACACCAACAACCUCAGAUCGGCCUCAAUUGUUUGCCGCCCACCAUGUCCAACCAAACCCUGGAUCCCUCAACCCUCACAGCCUUCGGCAACGUCGCUGCGGGCCACGACGGCGUCCUCUCCGACCCCACAGGCGCGCUCGUCAUAAAACCCUGCACCCCUGCGGAAAUCGCCUUCUACGAAUCCGUCACCACCUCGCAUCCCGACCUCGCAGCCUACGUACCCACCUAUAUGGGCACGCUCUCGCUCAACCCCGCCGCCACCGCCGAGGCCUCGACAGAGGAUCUGGCCGAGGGGAUGAUCCAAACCGCAGACGGCGCGCUAGAACGACUGCACGGGAAGAAGCUCGAAACAGAGCUCUCGAUCGUGCUCGAGAACACAGCCGCGGGUUUCUCGAAGCCGAAUAUCCUUGACCUGAAACUAGGCGCGCAGCUGUGGGACGAGGGCGCGAAACCUGAGAAGCGAGCGCGGUUGGACAAGGUGUCCAAGGAAACCACCUCUUCCUCUCUCGGCUUCCGGAUCGCUGGAAUGCGGACGUGGAGCGCUGUUCCUUCCCCACUCGCCGAAGACCUGAAGAGCUUCGCGGAGGUGGAAGAAGAGACGGGCUACACGGUGUACAACAAAAUGUACGGGCGCAAGUUCAAGGCGUGGAAUGUGGUGGAGGGUUUCGAGGCGUACGUGCUCCCGCCGGGGACUAAGAAGGGCAGGCGGGAGCUUGAGCGAGCGAGGCGGGUACUCGUAGAGUUUGUGGAUGGGGUGAGAGAGGUUAGGGAUAUCUUCAGGAGGAAGGAGAGUCGAAUGUACUCGGCGAGUAUUUUACUGGUCUUUGAGGGCGAUGCGGGGGCGUUUGGUGAGAAGGAGGACCUGUUGAAGAAGGUGCCGGCGAAAAAGGGGGUGGAGGCGGAGGUGGAAGAUGAGGAGGAUGAUGACGAUGAAGAGGAGGAGCUGCCGAAGCUUGUGUCGGUCAAGAUGAUCGAUUUUGCGCAUGCGACGUGGACGCCUGGCCUGGGGCGGGAUGAGAACGCUCUGCAGGGGAUUAGUAACACACUGAAGGUCUUGGUAGAGCUGCUCGGCAAGGUCAAUGCUGAGAUUGCAAUGUUAUAAAAAUCUCCUAGUCUCUGAACCUAUUUGAGCGCUGAUAGAAGUACAUUGCCAGAUACCACUUUUGAAUGUCCAAAGUUCCCAUCUGGCUGCCCCUUCCGCCAGUACAUCGCUUUUACCCACCCUUCUUGAAGAUUAGAAAGAGAGAUACGGGGGUAUAAUGAAUAAGUCU